UUGUAACGAACAAGCGGUCACACUCCGUAAAUUUUUUUGCAAAAAAAACUUUGUUUCUUUUCCCCAGAAGAAAUUCGUGGCAAGCUGAGUGUCCCGGCAGUGUCACGCAGAAAUUACGGACUCCAGGCAGCAGGUAGCCCUCAGCGGAUUGCAGGUUUCACCGGGGACGCCACCGCCAAGGACUGUGCCAGCUCAGUUCGCUUCUCGCACGCCCACGCAGGCGAAAGAAGAGGAAGACACAACAGCAGCAGCAGGAGAAGAAGCGGAGCAGCAGGUCAAGUGGGGAAAGUAAGGAAAGUGGAAAAGUUGGAAAGCGAGAAACAGUAGGUGCCAUCACCAUCCAGGAUGCAGCAGAACGCGGCCAGCAAUCCGUUUGCCAUGUCCUCGUACGUGGAACGGGCGCAGAUGGGCCUGGAUGUGGAGUUUGGCGCGGAUCCCGCCAGCGGUGCAGCCUUCUUCCAGAGCGACGGGCGCAAGCACGAUGACCUGAAGCAGAUGCUGGACAGCAACAAGGAUGGCCUGAAGCUGGAGGCAAUGAAGCGCAUUAUUGGCAUGAUAGCCCGCGGACGCGAUGCCAGCGAUCUGUUUCCCGCCGUGGUCAAGAAUGUGGUAUCCAAAAAUAUCGAGGUGAAGAAGCUGGUGUACGUGUACCUAGUGCGCUAUGCCGAGGAGCAGCAAGACCUGGCCCUGCUCUCCAUCUCCACGUUCCAGCGGGCUCUCAAGGAUCCCAAUCAAUUGAUUCGGGCCUCUGCGCUGCGCGUCCUCUCCUCGAUCCGGGUAAGCAUGAUUGUGCCCAUCGUAAUGCUGGCCAUAAGGGACAGUGCCGCCGACCUGAGUCCCUAUGUGCGCAAAACAGCGGCACAUGCCAUCCCCAAGCUGUAUUCCCUGGACGCGGAGCAAAAGGACGAGCUAGUAAUGGUGAUUGAGAAGCUGUUGUCGGAUCGCACCACUCUAGUGGUGGGCUCGGCGGUGAUGGCCUUCGACGAGGUCUGUCCGGAGCGUGUGGAUUUGAUUCACAAGAACUACCGCAAGCUAUGCAAUCUCCUGGUGGACGUGGACGAAUGGGGCCAGGUGAUUAUCAUCAAUAUGCUCACCCGCUAUGCGCGCACCCAGUUUGUGGAUCCCAAUGCCGACGAUGAUCUGGCAGAUGGCGUCCUAAGCGAUGGUCCACCCAAUGAGCGCUUCUACGAUGAAUCUUCGCACUCUUCAACCUCCAACAGCGAUGAUGGCACCAGCGACGAUGAGGCAAAGAACAAGUCGCGAGCAAACAACGGUGGAGGAGGAGGAGCAGGAGCAGGCAGUAACAACAACAAUGGCGGAGGCAGUCGAACUCCAAGUUCACCGGCUAGCAGUUACCACAUCGAUGUGGAUCACCGAUUGCUGUUGCGGCAAACAAAACCCCUGCUGCAGUCACGCAAUGCCUCCGUGGUCAUGGCCGUGGCCCAGCUGUAUCAUCAUGUCGCGCCCAAGAAUGAGGUGCAGCUGAUAGCCAAGGCCCUCAUUCGGCUGCUGCGUUCGCACAAGGAGGUGCAGAGUGUGGUGCUUAACUGCAUUGCCUCGAUGUCCACCAAGCGAAAGGCAAUCUUUGAGCCACACCUCAAGUCCUUUUUUGUGCGUACCAGCGAUCCCACGCACCUGAAACUCCUCAAGCUGGACAUUCUCACCAAUCUGGCCUCGGCGGCCAGUAUAUCGCUUAUACUCCGUGAGUUCCAGACCUACAUCUCCAGCAGCGAUCGUUCCUUUGUGGCGGCCACUAUUCAGGCAAUUGGACGCUGUGCAUCGAGCAUUAAGGAGGUCACGGAGACCUGUCUCAGCGGCCUCGUUCACCUGCUCUCCAAUCAUGAUGAGCAUGUGGUGGCCGAGAGUGUGGUGGUGAUUAAACGUCUCCUGCAAACCAAGGCUGCCGAACACUUUGAGAUUAUCACCCAAAUGGCCAAGUUAAUUGAUUACAUCAAUGUUCCGGCGGCUCGGGCAGCAAUCAUCUGGCUUAUCGGUGAGUACAAUGAAAAGGUGCCUCUAAUUGCCCCAGAUGUGCUCCGAAAGAUGGCCAAAUCCUUUGUGGACGAGCAGGACGCUGUGAAACUGCAGGUUUUGAAUCUAGGAGUCAAGCUGUACUUGACUAAUCCGCAGCAGACAUCGCUGCUUUGCCAGUAUGUGUUCACGCUGGCCCGCUACGAUCCGAACUACGAUGUGCGUGAUCGUGCCCGCUUCCUGCGCCAGAUCAUCUUCCCGGCCAGCGGGACGAACUCUGUGCUCAGUCAGCAUGCCCGCCAGGUGUUUCUUGCUAGUAAACCGGCCCCAGUGCCAGAGAGCAAGUACCGUGAUGGCAAUAACUUCCAGCUGGGAUCGCUCUCUCACUAUCUGAACAUGCCAGCGUCUGGCUACAAGGAACUGCCACCCUUUCCGGUCAUUCCACCAGACUCAUCCGUACGCAACAUUCCCGGAUUUAUGCAGGAAAAACUGCCCGGCGACGGUUCUCCUUCGUCAUCCCACUCUAAAGCCGCUUCGGGCAACGGUGGCGGUGGCAAGGUCAAGGAUGCUAACCGCGAAAAGGGCUUCCUUUCCGAGUCGGAGGACAAGUCGUCCGCAUACUCGGAAUCUGGCAGCAGCAGUGGAAGCGGCACCAGCGACAGUGAAUCUGAUAGCGAUGACAGCGGCAGCAGCGAGGCGGAGGAGGAGCAGGAGAAGCAAUUAAAGCCGCCUGCAAAGGUUGCCUCCAAGGAGUCCGCCACAGUUCAGCUCAUUGAUGCCGGUGGUGGUAAUGAGUCAGCGGAGGCAGAGACAAAAAUGGAGGUGGAUUCCUUGCCGGAGAAACCCACCACAAACAAUAAUAGUAACAGCCAGCCAGCUCCUGGUUAUUCCGGCACAUCAGACUCUGGUGAUUCCUCAUCGUAUAGCGGCAGCAGUAGCAGCGAUAGUGACUCCGCUGAAGAGGACAACGUAGCACAGCCGAAGGAACAGAAGAAUCAUUUGCAAGCUCAGCCCAAAAAGCUGGAGAAGGAUGGUAAACAACCGGUGGCAGCGCCUUCCAAAAGCAAUCUGGAUCUACUGCUCGAUUUGGAUGACAUUCCGCCCAUUGGUCCUGUGAUGACGCCCUCGCUAGGAGGAUUCCUAACGCCUGGUGAGUAUUAUUUACAACAUUUUUCCUGCUUGACUUCCUGCUCAUUUGGUUCUUCCCCCCACUCAGGUACUCCCAUGGUGGCUGGCCAGGCGACGCCUCUCCAGCCGCAACAUGCUCGCAACCGGGUGGAACUGGUCGGGCCGUCACACAUCGAGUUCAAGCACAAGGAGCUGCUCAAUAAGGUGAGCGGCCAUGGCCUGCAGUUGGGCUACCGCUUCACCCGCGCCCCGCAUCUCUACUCCUCCAGCAUGUGCUCGAUUGAGCUGCAAUUCCAGAAUCGUGGCGAAAAGGAAAUCACGGCCAUACGCCUGGGUCAGACCACACUGCCGGCGGGCAUGCAGCUGAAUGAGUUUGCUCCGGUCACAGCCUUGCAGGCACAGCAAACGGCCAGCGGUGUGCUGGGCGUGGACUUCAACGAUUCAACGCAUGCCGUUGAUUUGGAACUCAUCUCCAGUGCGGGUAGCUCGCGGCUGCAAUUGAAACCACCGGUGGGCGAGCUGGUGCGGUCCGUCCAGAUUGGAGAGAGCUGUCACCGCGAGGAGCGGGCCAAGUUGCGUGGCAUGAACGAGCAUCAGUGUGAGCUGCGUGGCCUGAGGCGUGAUCUAAUCGAUGUGUCUGCCCUGCGACAAAAGGUUUUCGAGUGCAUAAAUGUUGCGCAUACGCACAGCUCUGCCAAUGGCCAGUUGCAUUGCUUUGCCGGCCAGACGCUCAGUUCGAAGAGCCUGGUCCUUCUCACCCUCAACUGGCAGACUGAGGAGGCCCUCACGCUGCUUGUCAACUGUGAGAAGAUGGUCAUUGGCUCCAUGGUGCUGAACGAACUAAGGAAUGCCCUGCAGCUGAGCUUCGCAAUGUGAGCAGCACGAAAUGAAGCGAGAUGGCAGAUGAUGAUGGAGAAGCCUUCCUUUUUCUUCUGCUCGUGCUCCUGCUUCUCAACUGAGAACAAAGCAAAGCUGGCGCCUCACUACGUAAAUCUAAGCAUUCAUAUUUUUAGCCAAAAAAACACACACAUAUACAUAUAUAUAUACUGUAAGGGGUGCCCUCGUAAGGGGUGGCAAGAUAAUCUCUGAGAUGUAUAGAAUCCUUGGAUUUAACAUUUAACUUUGUGCAAUCUUUAAAUGCAAUAGCAACAAAUUACUUUUUGGGCAAUAAUUGAAUUUAAUUCAUUUUGUAAAAAGAAAUGUACUUGAGAAAUUCCUGUAACAAGUUAAACUCUAAACAGGACUUCAUAUUUAAUUAACGUUUAAUGUUCUAGCAUUUUGUAUUCCCCUAGAUAUUUUUGCAAAUUUAUUUAUUAGAAUUUAAAUAACUUAGACAAUUUUAAAUGAGAUAUUGUUUGAGCACUUCUCCAGAGAUUAUUUUUGCGACCCCGUCGCCCUACAUGAGAAAAUCCAUGAUUCUAAACGCUUUUACUAUUCCUAUAUACACAAAACACUAUACAAAAAUGAAA